AUGGGUGUGUUUAAUUUAGUGUUUCAUCAUGGGGGAAGUUUCGUGCAAGACGGCCAUACGUAUUAUAGAGGAGGUAGUGAGACUACUGUUGAAGGUCAGGACGAAGAUAAAUGGAGCUUUUUUGAAGCUGUUAGUCUGGUUAAAGAUUGGGGUUAUGAAGGUUUUAGGCUAUGGAGAAAGAUUCCGCAAACGGAUGAAGGGUUUACAAAUGUUGUUGAUGAUGCAGGAGCUGUAGAAGUUGCUAAGCAUUACAUGAUGACCAAGGUUCUGGUACCUAAUGUUGAUGACUUCAGCACCUCUAGUGGAGAUGAUAGUACUGGUGACUAUGUUGAUGCAAGCCAAUGUUUCAAUGACAGUGAAGAGGAAAGAGUAAUUGACGUAGAAGAAGAGCAAUUUGAACAAGUGGAGGUAGCUGUUCCAGUUAGUGGGAAUAGGGUGGAGAUCGAAGGGAAAUCAUUGAGAUUCAAGCGUUGUGCAUCCAAGGAUCCCAAAAAGAUGAAAGAAAAGAGCAAAAGGGACAAGGUCAGUGUUUUGGUGCCCAAAAGUGUCUUAGGAUCUUGUUCAAAGAGGGCUACAAGGAAAUGUGAAGAUGUGGAUUAUGCUAGUGAGGAACUUGAAAGUUCAGAUGCUGAUGAAAGUGACAUGGAUGACAAACCUUCCAAGCCAAAGUAUGAGAAGUUUACAUCAGAGCUGCUUAACAAAGACUUUCAAUUCAAAUUAGGUAUGGAUUUAAAGAUGCUAUCAGUGAUUGUGGUUGAAAAGAGGAAGUCACAAGGGAAAGUUAAACUGUCUGAAAUUAUGUCUGAGCUUAGACAGAAAUAUUCAGUGGGCAUUACCAAAGGGAAAGCUUUGAGAGCCAAAGCUAUGGUUGAAGAAAUAAUUGAAGGUGAUGCAAAGGAACAGUAUAAAAUGUUAUGGAGAUAUGCAGCUGAGUUAAGAAAACAUUGUGCUGGGAACACUGUCAAACUAAAUAUUGAGAGACCACAUCCAACACUACCACUAAGAUUUGGUGCUUUUUGGAUUUUGCAAUGGCUCUUACAAAGGUGGACAAACCGAAAAGAUGAUCCUAAAGCUCAGGCCUUGAAGACGACCAAGGCUGUGAAGUCAGGUGGCCAAGUGAUUAAGAAGAAAGCAAUGAAGAUCAAAACAAAUGUCACAUUUCACCGGCCAAAGACUCUGUCGAAGGACAGAAACCCAAAGUAUCCUCGCAUUAGUGCAACACCAAGAAACAAGUUGGACCACUAUCAAAUACUUAAAUUUCCUCUAAAUACCGAUUCUGCAAUAAAGAAGAUUGAAGAUAACAAUACCCUUGAUGCAUUGGAUGCUGCUAACAAAAUCGGUAUCAUUUAA